UCCACUGGUGAUAUACAACAGGUAACAUGUUCGCCAUCGUCUGCCUCCUCGUCGUGUAUAUUCUCUUCGAUGUGAAUUACAUCGUUCGUCUCAUCUUCGUCGUCAUCUCCUCUAUUAUCCAACGACGAAUCGUGAAGAAGAAUGUACUCGAUCCCUGUGUCAUGGACGGUAUCGUCCUUACGACAGACCUAGACGCCAUGUUCCACAUGAACAACGCCAGGUAUUUGCGUGAAUGUGAUCUGGCACAAACGAAGUUAUGGUUGGAAAGUCAUGUGGUCGAGACGAUAGGUCAAAGGUUUCAGGUCACAAAUGCUGCCUCCAACAUCCGCUUCAGAAGGUCACUGGAGUUUCUCACACGAUAUCAAAUUAUCUCUCGGUUUCUCCACUGGGACGAGAAGGCUUUUUAUAUUGAGCAACAGUUCGUUCGUCUGUCUGACGGGUUUGUGUGUGCGGUGAACAUAUGUAAGCAGGCUACUAUAGGAUGUACUCCCAGCAGCAUGAUCAAACGUGUUGACGAACACCUAAUCUCGCCUCCUAUGACUGAAGAGCUUAGGGCACUAUUUGCUACCUGGAAACUCUCGAGUGAACGUCUGAGAAAGUCGUCAUGAUGCCAUGGAAAUUAGUUAUAUAUUUUCUUUGAAAAUAGUGGAGAUCAGUUUUUCCUCAUGAUUCCUAUCCCCUUAAAAUGCCUGAUAAUUAUAGUUUACGCUUGAAAUACGAUUGAUAUUUUGUAAAAUUUCAUAAUAAACUGACCGACCAACUUAUUUUGAAAAUUACCAUCCAGAACAAAUUCUCGUGAUUUUCGUGUGACGUCAUAAUUAACUGAUUAACUGCAAAGUUGUUUGACACGAAAUCGAACACACCAGAAUUGGUUUUACCCAAUUCGAGAAGGCAUAGUUGGUUUACAUCAAAACAGGUGACGUGUAAUUGCUAAAUUUGAAUUAAAGAAAUCAAUCAUUGAAACAUUCGAAUCGUCGAUAAUACAGCAGGUUCCGGUUAUUGGUUUUGUGUUCUCAAUAAAAUAUCUCAAAACCCCGAAUUAUACAUCCCACCUCAAAGGGUUUUUAUACGAGGAUUUACUUAAUAAAAAUCUUCAUUUAUAGGGCUCUGCUCUUGAUCUGUGGCUUUUCGAUAUCGAGUGCUCAAUUACAAAAAAUACAGUUAAAACAUAUUCUGAACUGUUGCAAUACCUUAUGAUA